AUGUUUGGCUCUCCACCCAUGAUCUUCCCCUCCGGGGUCAAAGUGCAACUGGUGAAUGGACGCAACAGGUGUGAGGGCAGAGUGGAGGUGCUCUCCUCCGGCGUGUGGGGCACAGUGUGUGACGACGACUGGGACGUGGUGGACGCUUACGUGGUGUGUAGGCAGCUGAACUGCGGAGUGGCCGUGGAGAUCAGCAACAGCUCCAGAUUUGGACCAGGCUUGGGGCUCAUAGCGCUGGACUUCGUGGACUGCAGAGGACAUGAAGCAGACCUCAGCCAGUGUGGAAGUCCGGGCUGGGGCAUUCACAACUGUCAACACGAUGAGGAUGUGGGCGUCACCUGCACAGUGCAACUGGCGAAUGGAAGCAACAGGUGUGAGGGCAGAGUGGAGGUGCUCUUCUCCGGUGUGUGGGGCACAGUGUGUGACGACGACUGGGACAUGGUGAACGCUAACGUGGUGUGUAGGCAGCUGAACUGCGGCAUGGCCGUGGAGAUCAGCAACAGCUCCAGAUUUGGACCAGGCUUGGGGCUCAUAGCGCUGGACGACGUGGACUGCAGAGGACAUGAAGCAGACCUCAGUCAGUGUGGAAGUCCGGGCUGGGGCAGUCAUGACUGUGACAACGAUGAGGAUGUGGGCCUCACCUGCACAGGUAGGGCCUUCAUACACCUUUAG